UCAAUUUCCAGAUCGCGCAGCUCAUUUCGCGUUGUAUUGUUUGUUGUUGCGUUUAUUUACAUGGCCCAUUCUGCAAAUUGAGCGUUCAGUCAGUUAACCAAAAUGUUCUGAAAAUUUGAGUCUCUGUUACCUGUAUUUAGUUGGAUGGUGGUAUCAUCAUAAACCAACAUUAUUUCAAUUUCCGCAGUCACCAUGGCGUCACUGUUAUCUGAGCUCACCAGGUCAUCCGAUGACAGCAUUGUUCUGACUAAAGAUUGUGACAUGAGUGAUACUUGUAGUGAUGAUGAACACACUGAAGAAAGGUCACUUAAGGUUAUGCCUGAAGGGAGUAGAAGUCACUCUAGCCUGCUGGAUGCCAUUGCUUCACUGGAUACCAGUAAGAGGCAAAAGAUGAUGCAGAGAUCAGAAGCAACUGCAGAAGUAUCAGAGUUUACUUUCACCAAUCCAGAAGGAGAAAAGACAGGUGUGAAACUUCAUGAGUUGAUGGGUAGUCUGUCUAACACACGUAGUCAUUCUGAAGUUAAGAAACUACUAAGCAAUGUACAGAGAAAUCAGAAAGUGGUUGAUACACCCUUACAUAAACACCAAGAAGACAAGAUCCGACGCACUAUUGGAUAUGAAGCAGCUUCUAAAGAAGUUUCCAAAUGGGAUCAAGUUGUCCAAAGUAAUAGAAAAGCUGAGCAAUUGUCUUUUCCAAUCAACCAGCCUGUUAUUGGUCUGCAGUCUACUGAUCAAUUUGUCAACAAAUUUAAGCCAAGCACUCCCUUAGAGCAAGAAGUCUACAAGAUUCUUCACGGGAGUAGACAUAAUGAUCGACCAAAUAAGCAGCUGACAUUAGCAGAAGAAGAUGCACUCACAUCAUUGAGUGUAGAAGAGGCCCAAGAACGUCGCUCUGAACUGCAAAAAACACGAGCUCUGCUGUCUUAUUAUGAAGCCAAGUGUCACAGGAAGAAGAAGAUCAAGAGCAAGAUGUAUCACCGUAUUCAACGAAAGAGCAAAGCUAAAGUAGAGGGUGAUCAAUUAAAUGAAAGGCUUCAAGAUGAUCCUGAACAAGCCAGCACACUGCUUUUGCAUCUGGACAAAGAAAGAGCUAAGGAACGUUUGACCCUGAAGCACCGCAACACAGGAAAAUGGGCCAAAGGAAUCACAAGAUUCGGAAAACAUGAUCAGAAUGCAAGGAAGCUUCUAGCUGAGCAGUUGGAAAAAAGCCACGAGCUUACUAAGAAGCAAAGCCAGGUGACUGCUGAUGAAGAUGAGACAGAUGAUCUUGCUGAUGAGCCUAGUGAUGCUACACCUCAGGUGUCAUUGACUGAUAUUAAUAAUCCUUGGUUCAUGGCAAGUGUCAAUAACAAAGAUAACGAUUCUAUGGAUCAAGAAGAUUUAAUAUCUCUCCAGCCUGUUAGCAGUCAUGUGCAAGAAUCACAUAACACUACAAUUCAAGAUGUAAUGAACGACGGCUUUGAAGCAGAUGAUAUAUCUUGUGACUUGACUGAGAUUAUUGUGAAAGACAAGAAGGAGACUGAGGGGAUUGGUUUUGAAUCACUUGAUGAGAUACAGACCCAUUUCUCACCACUCACUAGACGGGAUAAAUCUACUCCAAACUCUAGGGACAAAAACAGUACUAGAACCUUGUCCUUAAUGUUAGCAACAAAACCUAACACCAUACAGGGAGCUGUGCCUCAACUAGUUGUUGAGGAAGAGCAGGCAAUGAAUGCAGCAAAUCAACAUCUGCUGAAUAUACAAGAGGCAUUUGCGGAGGAUGACAUUGUACAGAUUUUUCAAGAUGAGAAGCAGGAGCAUGUUGAUCGAGACAAGCCCAAAGAUGUCAGUCUCGUCUUACCAGGCUGGGGGGCAUGGGGUGGUGCUGGUGUCAAAUUAGGCAGACCCAAACAUAACAGGUUUCUUGCUAAGGCAAAGACUACCAAACUACAAAGCCGCCGUGAUGAUCACUUACAUCAUGUUGUUGUAAAUGAGAAAAGAGAUAAAAAAGUAGCUGUACAUCAGGUGAACCAGUUGCCAUUUCCCUUCAAUAGUCCUGAACAGUUUCAGAGUAGUGUAAGAGCACCAAUUGGUAGUACUUGGAACACACCAUCAACUGUGAAACAGCUUACUGCCCCAAAGGUUACAACCAAGGUGGGAACAGUCAUUCAACCUAUCACAGCUGUGGAAACAUUCAAGAAGAAAGGAAAGCGCAAGGGGGAGAAUCUUCAACGAGUGUCAACAGAUCUUCCUCUAAACAUUCAAAAAGUGUCAAAGAGAUAGAAAUAAGUGAGAAUGAAUUGAGAGGACAUAAAUGGCAAGAGAUGUGAGAUUAGAACAAAACAGGCAUGACGGGACUAAGCAUUGUUUCUAUUUGGCAGCACAGACUGUAUACUCCCUUACUCCGGUAAGCAAUUUAUUUGGCUUUUAACAUAGCAAACAAAUUUGUUUAAACGUACACCUAUUUCACAAGCUUAAGCAUGUAAACAAACUGCGCAUGCAAGAUUUUAGAUCGUUUGCUUAAGCAAAAAAGAAGAAGGUAGGCCCCCGACUGACAAAAUGGCGGGCGAUAUAAAUGCAGAGUGGCGAUAAAAAUCACUCGAUAAAAAUCAAUCAUCACCUCUCCCUGAUAUGUACAAAUUGUAAUGGUUCAAAGCGCCCCUUGUAAGGUUAACACACUAACUUGAGAUUAAAUAAGAAGACAAUACAUUGUACAACAUUUCUGAAGCAUUUUAGACACUUGUUUAAUAUCGCUACACAUACCAUACAAACACACGUAAAUUACACACUGCUGCGCCGUCACACCGACAAUGUAUUGCAAUGAUGUUGCACUGCAGGGCCCAAUUUCAUAGGGCUGUUUAACGGUAAGCAAAUUUGUUUGCUUAACGUAGAAAGAAAAAUUGCUCAAGCGUAAACCUAUUUCACGAGCGGUUGCUAGCUUAAGCACUUAAACAAACUGCGCGCGCAACAUUUUAGAUCGCUUGCUUAGCAAAAAAGAAGAAGGUGCUGACAAAAUGAAGGGCGAAAUUAAUGCAGAGUGGCAAUUAAAAAGUCAUCAUCUUCUGUGUCUGAUUUGUAUUAUACUCAGACACAUUACAGACUAAACAAUAACAAAAGUAGUUUGAUUUCGGCCACAGCUUAAAAGCCGAAUUUAUUCACACACCAAAUUGUGAAAUGUUCCCCUAAGUAGAUUAGUAGUAGGUUAUGAGCCGGACACCAGACACAGGGCAAACCGGCUAAACAGACACACAUCAAAUAUGGACACCAUGUCCAACCAAACACAAAUGAACUUACCGAGUCCAAUGGACUAUACCAAGUCCAUCCUAGUGGCCAACCAAAGGGGCACCAUAUGCCCUACCAACAUUUAAACAAUAUGGACUCAUUUGUCCAUACCCACAUAAAACACUGUACCACUACAACAAACAUGACACCCCGGGACCAACGAGCACACCCGGAAGAGUUACAGGUCACUACCGGACGUCCGCAGUUGAACACACAAACCCACAUUGCCUUGUUAGUACAAAAUAACAAACCGUUGUACAUGAACAAACAAAAAGUAUCAACUUAAAUAUGAACCUAACUAAAUACUUGUAAUUAUUCCCCAAAGCGGAAAGACUGUAGCCCCAACGAAAACCGAAGGGCACAUAAAAAGUAACUAAAGUACUUAUUGUUUUAAGUUACAAUUCGUCCCCCUUAUUAAAGUUGGAACGCACAAGAGGAAACACACAUAUAACCCCAACGAUACGGAGAGGCACUAAUCUAACAUUACAUAAAUUAAAUGGUGUAAUUUAAUUCUAAAAUUAAACGAAUAGAAUGAAGUUUAAUUGGAAUUCUACCGGGUCUAUCACCGACACUGAAGGACUUACAUUAGAUUACAUUUUCCACCGGAGUAUUUAGUCACAGUUGAGAGAACAUGAAAAGAUGUUCCUGGUAUAAAUGCCCCACCACGCCCAGUGCACCCCAAUACAUUUUUCACCAAGGAACAUAGUGCCCGGCGAAAAGGGGAGGGUCAACUAAUUGAAGUUGCAACCUA